AUGGCGCCUCGCAGCCGGCUCCUCGACCUGGAGAGGGACGACGUGCUCUCCUUCAACGGCGCCUACGACCGCAGCGACGACGUAGGCGCGACCGCCCACGCGCUCGUCUUCUGGCACAUCUUCCUCGUCGUCGCCGCCCUACUGUUCCUCCACCUCGUCGCCCCGUUCCCGCAUGCCGCCGCCGUCUGCACAGGGCCCUACGUCGUCGCCUACUGCUUCCUCCUCUACCGCGCGGUGCGGCCUUCCUCUGCCGGCUGUACGAUCGGGCAGAACUCAUGGUAUGAGCGAUAUAUUGAUCUGUGA